GCAGACGAAAAUAAUGAGCUGUAAAUGUCAAGUCUGCAUAGCCAGUAGGUUUUUUUAUCUUUCCUAAAUCGUUGGACAACAGAACACGUGUUUCAAGAUGAAUGGAACAAUACAGCAGAAAAGUCCAAUUGUUUAUAUCAGUAGAACAGAAUCAUUUUCUGCCUGUCAUAGGUUACACAGCACACAGCUAAGUGACGAAGAAAAUAGAAAGAUAUUUGGAAAAUGUAACAACCCGUAUGGCCAUGGACAUAAUUACUCAGUGGAGGUGAUUCUGCGAGGUCCAGUUGAUCCAGUCACUGGAAUGGUGAUGAAUUUAACAGAUCUGAAAAAGUUCAUGAAUAUGGCAAUCAUGGAUGUAAUGGACCACAAAAAUGUUGAUAAAGAUGUUCCCUACUUCAAAGAUGUUGUCAGCACAGCAGAAAAUAUCGCAGUGUUCAUUUGGAAAAGUCUCUCCCAGCAUCUGGAAUCGGGACUUUUAUAUGAGGUCAAAGUUCACGAGACUGGAAAAAAUGUCGCAUUUUACAGAGGAGAACAUUUAUAACUACUCUGAUAGUUCCAAGGGUAGAUAACCGGUGCACCAAAGAAUCGUUCUGAAAAUGAAUUAGAAAUAUAGAUAUUAUGUGUUGUAUUGUAUGAGAUUUUUACAUGUAUUUAUGUUUUUAAUAUUCUUAAAUAUUAUUACAAUGAUUGAAUUAAGUGUAUGUACAGUAUUUAAAUUUUGUUUUAUUUUCCUAAUUAUUCAGUGCUAAAUAAUAUACAUAGUCAUAUAGGAAUCUCCUUUAUCUAUUGUUAUCUUUGUUUGUAUCUAGGUUUAUUGUUGACAAUCAAUUUUGAAUAUUACGAAAUGCUUUACUGUCAUGGGGUCAAACUUUCAGGGUUUUGUUCUGGGAACAAAUGCACAGGGAAGACAGUUUACUGAACCCCUAUAACAUGUUAUAGUCCUAAUUAACACAGAAGGGCAAAGCAAGGUUGCUAUUUUAUGUAAAUCUACAUGAGUAAAGCCAUAUUACUGAAAUCCCAAUCAUUCAAGAUGGCCACUUCAUUUAGAAGUGUAAUUAUACCCUAUAGGGCAUUUUAUUGAUGUUUUUUAUUCUGAGCACGCAAAAUCUCUUCUAUGGAAAUUUUAGAAAGUUUGCAAGUAUGCUGAUUUUAAACAAAUUAAACUAGACGAUAAAUGGUAUUUAUUAUAUAGAUACGUGUCUAAAUCUGAAGUGAUCUUAAAAUGUGCCUUUUGUUUGGAAACAUAUGAAACAUAUAUUACAAUCAGGCAUACUGCGGCAAACAAAUUGGUCUAUAUUUUUAAUAAUGGUAUUUGGGUAUAUUACUAAAGUAUAUUUUUGGUAUGUAGUUAUCUCAUGAUAAUAGUGUUUAAAAUAAACCAAUAGACCCAUGUGAAUCAUGAAAGCGGCUAGUAUUAAAUCAUUUGUUAUUUCUUGUUUAUAAGUGGGGACCAAAUAUUGACCCUACCUUUGAGUUCUUUAUUGUGUAACUGUAAACAAGUUGUAUUUUAUUCAGGUAGCAUAAUUUAUCC